AAUAAUUAGAUAAGAAAGAAGAUAGAAAGGGAAGGCAAAGCUGAACUUUUGCUAUACAUAAGAUUUGGAGGACAAUCAGAGAGCAGAGAGUUGAGGUGAAAAAGCUAUGAAGUUCUUAUUCCAGUGCCCCUGCUGCUCUUGUUUCUGCUUCAUGAAGCCCAAGAAAGGCAAGGCAAGGGUGAAGGCAGCAGCAACGGUAGCAUCCAAGGAAGAGAAGAAAGUUGAAACCAAGGGAGAGAAGAAGGUUGAAUCCAAGGAAGAGAAGAAAGAAUGACAACAAUGCAGCUACCUACAAUCAGAUAGUGCAUGCAUAAAUGAAAGCAUAUGUGCUUUGUUUAUGCUUUUCUUUCUUCUUGUUGAUUAA